GUUUCCGGUGAUUGCUUUGGUGGCUGCGGGUGGUGCGUGCUCGGCGUCCGCGCGUGCGCAGCAGAGAGAUGGAGCCCUAUUCCUGUGACACUUUUGUGGCCUUACCUCCAGCCACAGUUGGUAAUAGGGUCAUUUUUGGGAAAAAUUCAGACAGACUCUUCGACGAAGUCCAAGAAGUAAUUUACUUCCCAGGUGCAGUGCACAGUGAUUUAAGCAAACGUCUUAAGUGUACUUACAUAGAAAUUGACCAGGUUCCCGAAACAUAUGCUGUUGUCCUUAGUCGCCCAGCUUGGCUGUGGGGGGCAGAAAUGGGAGCCAAUGAGCAUGGAGUCUGCAUUGGGAAUGAAGCUGUAUGGGGAAGAGAGGCCAUUUCUAAGGAGGAAGCACUUUUGGGCAUGGACCUUGUCAGACUUGGGCUUGAAAGAGCUGAUACAGCUGAAAAAGCUCUCGAUGUCAUUGUCGACUUAUUAGAAAAAUAUGGCCAAGGUGGAAAUUGUGCAGAGGGUGAAGAAUUUAGCUAUUAUAACAGUUUCCUGAUAGCGGAUAGGAAUGAAGCUUGGAUUCUGGAGACAUCAGGGAAGUACUGGGCAGCAGAGAAAGUCCAAGGAAUUCGUAAUAUUUCCAAUCAGCUCUCCAUAACAAGCAGGAUCGACCGGGAGCAUCCGGACAUGAGGAACUAUGCUAAGCAGAAAGGCUGGUGGGAUGGCCAGGAGGACUUUGACUUUGCUGCAGCAUACUCUUAUAUCAACACAGCUUCAAUGAUGACGUCACCAAGCAGAUACUGUCAGGGCUACACGCUUCUGAAUAAGCACAAAGGAAACAUAACUUUCGAAACAAUGAUGGGGAUUCUUCGAGAUGAACCAAGUGGCAUCAAUAUGAAGGGAGAAUUCCUGAGCACUGCAAGCAUGGUUUCUGUUUUACCUCGAGAUUCCAGCCUGCCUUGCGUUCACUUCUUUACGGGGACUCCACAUCCUGAGAGGUCUGUUUUUAAGCCUUUCAUAUUUGUACCACAUAUUUCACAACUGUUCGAUACGCAGUCACCAACAUUUGAACUUGAAAGGCCCCUGGCAAGAAAGCCAUAUGUCAAGCCUGAUAGAAGACACCCACUCUACCAAAAACAUCAACAGGCCUUGGAAGUGAUAAGUCACAAUAAGGAAAAAAGCAAGACAAUGCUGGACAACAUGAGGAAGCUGGAAAAAGAAGUGUUUGAGGAGAUGGAAUCAGUUCUCCAAAGCAAACAUCUUGAUGUGGAUAAAACUGUUAAUCUUUUUUCUCAAUGUGUAAAAGAUGAAAUUAAAAUUUAUCAGUCAAAUAUUAGCUCUUAAUGAUAUAUACGUGGUCAAAAAUCUUCCCCAUUGCCCUGAUAAAUGAUACAAAGGUACUUUAAGGAGAUCUGAUCUUUUCUUCAUAAUACUAAGUGAUAUUCUGACUGUUAAAGUCACAGUAAUUAGUAUUCAGUUGCAAAAAACACAAAACGUUAACAUGAUACAUAGGCUAUGUUUAUUAUAUUCUAUAGUGCCCUUCAGUCAUUUUCUCAGUUAAGAAAGCUCAGAGCUUCUUAUUAAGGAAAAAAAAAAAAAGCAAUGGAAAGUAUGUCAAAUGAGUUUUUGUGCUUUAGGCAAAUAAUAACCAGCCUUAGAAAAAUUAGAAAACUGUCUUAAGUCUAAUGCCGCAUCCCCUCAGAACUGUCUUUUUGUUCUCUGGAAAGUUUUCCUUUUCUCAGAAUCCUGUGCAGUUGGAGUCUUACAGGCAUUAGUCUUUUCAGAUUGGCUCCUUCAACACAGCUUUCUCCAUGCCUCUGCUGUCCUAGCUCAUUUCUUCUGAGCGUGGAAUCUGCCUUUCUGUGGGUGUGUCACCACUGAAGGGCAUCUUGGUUGUUUCCAGACUUGGGCAAUUGAGAGUGAAGUGUGCAAGUGGCUGUACAGUUCUGAGUGUUCAGCCAUUCAGGUUAGGGCCGAGGUGACUGCAGAGCCUACGGUGUGAGUGAGGAACCGCCACGCUGUCUUCCAGAUGCUGCCAUUUCCGCCCCCUCGAGCCCAUCGUCCCUGUUCCAGCCAGUUGUCAGUGUGUGGGAAUUUGGUCAUUCUAAUAAGUGUACAGUUUUUCACUUAUUUAGGUAACAGGGAUUGGUCCUAUGACCUUGUACUUCCUUUUUCAGUUGAAUUUGUAAUUCCAAAUGGUAUAUGACGCUGAGUUACAUUUCAAAUGCUUAUUUCCAUUUGUACAUUUGAUGGGGUGUCUGGGUCUUGGCCCAUUCUAUAAUCAGAUGCUUCUGAUUUACUUAUUUUACUUGGGAGUCUACCCUUUUUCUUAGCCUUUAAAUUUUUACUUUAUAUGUAUGAGUGUUUUGUUCCAUGUAUGUCUGUGUACCAGGCACAUGCCUGGUGUCAUCAGACGGUAUGAGAUUCUCUGCAACUGGAGUUUCAGAUGGCUGUGAGCCACCGUGUGGGUGCUAGGGACCAAACCCAGGUCCUCUGCAAGAACAACAAGCAACUCUUAACCGCUCAAGUCUAAAACUCUUGAAGUUCGUUGUUCUUAGGGUAAAGCCCCAAUCCUUAACAUGCCUGCCCUUUUUAUAUAUUACUGCACGUUUGCUAUUGAUUUUUGUUCCAACGAUGGUGGUCUUUCAGGUCCUUACAUGUGCCCUGUUGCGCAUUCCUGCCCCGUGGCUGCACCUUCUGCUUGCUCCUCCCAUUUCCGUGAGUAGUUCUCUUCAUCCUUAGAGCUUGCUGGCAAAUGAGCUUCUUAGGAUUAUAUUAAUUAAUUAUACAUUAACUAUAUUAAUCAUACAUUUAAAUUAAUCCAAAUUAAUCAUACAUUUAAUUAUUUCACAGAAAAAGUUCUAUGAAGGCCCAUUGUUAUGUUUGGAUGCUUUGGUAUUAUAUAAUAUUUAUUAAAGGAACAUUCAAAUACUGGUGAAAAGAAUGUAUACAGACCUUCCUACAGAAAUGUAAAGUUAUUUAUCUGUAUAACUAGGUAGCCUCAUAAGUUUGAACCCUAGAAAAAUUCAAGGAUUAUAAGGCUAUGUGAAUUGUUGUAUAGAGAUUGUUAUUGUGUAUAUACAACAGGAUAUUUGAGAUGUGAGCGCUCAUGUUGGUAAUUAAUGCCUUGUGUAUAUUAGAAAUUUUAGUAUUUUCUUAAAUUUCAUCUGUUG